AUGGUGUCGACAUCACAAUAUUCUACAUGGCCGGUCAUCACAUCAAGUUCCAACAGCUCAGCUACCAAGCCAGCCCCAUCCCCCGCACUUGAUUUCCUGACCGCCGUAGCUACCACUGAUGUAGAAGAAUAUGAUCUACAUGAAAUAGGAAUGAUAAGCAUGGAUGAUGUCCGUAGCAUGGACGAACGCAUGGUCGGAAAAGGUGGAUUUGCUGUGGUUGAGUUGGGAAAGACAAGAGAGAACCAUUUGGUUGCUGUCAAACGGUUACGAGUAUCAGCAAGGGACAUCCAGGCAGAUUUUGAAUCACAUCUUCGGCGCAUCUGUUUGGAACUGAGGAUACUCAGUCACGAACCUUUGAGAACGCAUCCGAAUAUCGUCGAUAUCCUCGGGUACUGCCUUUCUGACAUUGCUGGCUAUGAGAUUCCAUUCCUAGCUCUCGUGUUGGAAUAUUCUAGUGAAGGUAAUCUCAAGACCUUUCUAAAGGAUGCAAGACAUGAUCUGCCGCUCACGACCUUACUGGCCUUGACUGCUCAAGUUGCAGACGGGCUUGGCGUACUGCAUCAAUGUAAAAUCUGCCACGGAGACGUGAAGACACAAAAUGCUCUUGUCUUUAAAAGUGAGGAUGCAUGGACGGUGAAGCUAUCAGACUUUGGGGAGUCUACCAUAGGUCAGUUCGAUGACCAGUCCCUGUCCAUCGAGUGUGGCUUUGGAACGCCCUUGCUAAAUGCGCCUGAAUUGCGGAGUGGUAUGGUGCUGGCUCGAGAUCUUUUUACUAUAGAAGAUGCGAUUCGGACAGAUAUCUUCUCUUUUGGACUCUUGACAUGGGAGGUUCUGAAGAGAGGCGAAAGCUACUUCGACAAAUCGUGGUGCAUAGACUUGAACGGGAGCAACGAGAUAGAUCAGAUGGAGGCUUACCUACAGAGGCUUCCUCACAAUGGGUUGCUGUCAAAGGUUUGCGAUUAUAUUCAGAAUAGCCUUGUUGACACCGAGCGAGUGGAAAGUGUGCUUUGUAUUUUCAAGAAGUCGCUUCAGGAUGAUCCCCAGAAAAGAUUCUCUAUGGAAGAGAUUCGAAGGCAUUUUGAAAUACAGAAUCAUUCCAUGGGAAAUAAUGAACAGCAAGAGAGUAAUGGGAUAGAAGAUGAACGACUCUGCGCUUGGAGCACUAGGGACACGUUUCUUGAGCUUCGUGACAGCGCCUUUCUUAACGGGGGCCUUGGAUUUCUUACAUUUCCUCUCGACCUCCAGAAACGUGUUUUUAAUGAUCUCAUUUCCAUGUCUGUAUCGGAGACAUUUACAAUGCCUAGUCGAGCCCAUGCUGCUUUGUGUGUGGCUGAAUGCCACACAGUGGGGUUUGGGGUUCAACACGAUAUGAAACAGGCUGUACAAUGGGUUCACACAGCUUCUGAACUAGGUUCUAUCAAAGCCGCGGCUUGGUAUCCUCGACUAUGCACGAUCGAUAAUGUUACCCUUGCCAGAAGCUCGUCGAUGAUGGGGUUCGAAGAGAAUUUAUCUCAUCUCACUUCAGAUACUUACUUGUCUACUCGGGUCCAUCUACAAAUCCGCAUUGCAAUUCAGCAAAUCAGAACAACAUUCCUGAAUUGGGACCAGCAAUAUACGUGGGACUCGUCCGCCUACAUGUCGAGUAUUCGGGUCUUCAACGAGUGGGAACAAGAUGAUCUUUCAUCGUUACACGUUGCUGCACUACUCGGAGAAGACGAAGCCAUUUCCAAGUUACUCUGCUACGCAAAGGGCGAUGAGCUCUCUUCUCGUGGGCUUACAGCCGCACACUAUGCUUGUAUUGGUGGGCGUCUGUCUACGUUACAACUUCUGCUCAACGAUUCCGCACAAUCUGCAAUCAGUAAAGCCGCUAAUCCAGGCGGGAUCACCCUACUUCACCUGUGCAUUUUCUUUUCUGGCGAGGAUGUAGGUAAAGCUGUGUCCCUCAUCCUGGCUAUUGGUGUUGAUCCCAGAGGGAAGGUCAUUCAACCUGUUGAAUGGGAGUAUCAUGACAUACGCUUAGCAGGGACGCCGCUGGAUUGGGCUGUUCGCAUUCGAGACAAAUCUCUAGUCGUUUCAUUGCUCCCUUUUGCUCAGGAUGACACCUGCUUGAAGCUCGCAAUACGGUCUUUCUUCUGGGAAAUUGCCGAAGUCAUCCUGCAAUACGCCUGCGGAGCAAAAAACAUCCCUAUCAAAUACUCUCAACAACUUUCCGAGCUCUCCAUAGAGGACAUGUACCUUUUGACAAUCGAGAGACCCUUUGGUCAUUGGUUAGCCCAUGGACCAGACCAUCUGAUUGCACUGGAAAGAACUGUACAAGUGUGCCUGGACCAUUGUCUCAUGGCUUCUGGGAGCGCCAGCCACCGCACACUCAGUGAUAUAGUCAGUCUUGCGUCUUUUGAGGAUGACUUCUCAUUACUUGCUUCUUUUGUGGCUAAGCUGUCUCCUGAGGACGUCAAACGCAAAAACAAAAGAGGCGAGUCGGCCCUGGAGCAAGCCCUAACGACGUCUGAGGAUACCGAAGCAUGGCGUACACCUCUCGAAACAAUCAUAAACGUCUAUACGAUUAAAGAAUUAGAAGAGAGAGGAUCAAUUUCCGUAGAUGAUUUCUCAUAUUUACACCUUGCUAUUAGCUCCGAUUCCUUGAUCGGCACUCGCAUACUCCUGCAGAAAGGGGUAGACGUCAACCAACGAUCGGACGGUCUACUUGGCGAUACUCCUUUGACUUUGAGUGCAAGUUCAAGAUUUUCGAAGGAGUUUCAUUCCUUAUUACUUGAACAUGGAGCCAAGGAUGACGUGGUAGACGAUAUAACAGGAACGAAUCUACUUGUGCAUGGCUUAAUGCGAUCCCAACCUAACGAAGACCUGCUCAGAGGGGUUCUCAGGAACGAAGAUCUUUCAGAAAUCAACGAUACACUACAUGUUACUCUUGGAUACUUUAUCUCCGGGUACUCAUUGCGAGGGGCUGUUGCGGAAGUGUUCAAACGAGACGACGCUAUGGAGUACAGCGGGACUUCGAGAAUAACGCUAGACAAAGAUGAAUUGAAAAUUCUGUGGGAUAAUCUGCAAGGAAUUUCUCAACUCAAAAAGUGGGAGCUAAAACGGAUUUUUGGAAAGGAACAGCUCUCUUUGAUGCUGAGGCUGGCAGAUCUGGACUCUACGCAGCGGCCAGCUAGCCUCGAUCUCGUUGUCAAUGUUGGAGAAAUGAAUAAUGUCUUAGGCGCAGAGGAAACUCAACACAUUCUAGGUCAAUGGAACGCCGAACCUGCCGUGAAAUCUGGUCGAUCCCAACUUGCGGAGACUGAGGACGAAGAUGGUCACGAAGAUGGCGACGCUUCAGACCCUGACAACUACAACAAUGCAGAUCAACCAGACCAGUACUGGAAGGAGCUCUUCAAAAUACAACUCGGCUUGCCAAACUGGGUCACAUAUAUCAAUGAGAGAAACAGUUCCGGCAUGACAUUGUUGCACAGUGCUGCGUACAACUUACAUCCCGAGAGCAUUGCGCUUCUGCUUGAAGCAGGGGCUGAUGCUAGUAUUCCAUAUGUUUCAGAAGGACAUAAUGCUGUAUUGCCCUUGCAAAUUGCUUGCUCAUCGGGUAGGACUUGUGAGUGGGCCCGUGUGCAAGGAACAAGUACUGAGAUCUCAAGUCUCUCAAAACACUCGAUGGAUGUGGCUGCUCAGCUUCUUGAUUGGCAUCAUACACGCUCAGAUGGGCUUUUCCAAGAUGUCAAUCAACUUCAUCUUGCCUCUCGCAUGAUGCUUCGAGAUGUCGCACGUCGAUUGCGCCGCGAUGGCCAAUGUGUGGAUGUUGAAGUACACUGGCCGGGCAUUGACAAUCCUGUCACUUGUGACGUUUUGGCCUUGCAGCUAGCUGAUGACGAUCGAUUAAUCGACAUUUCAAAACUGAUCACUGCAGGGUACCCUAUGAACAAAGCUCAGGUGUAA